CAAAGUCUAGACAUGAAAGAGGUGCUCAGAUUCAGUACCACACCAUAUCACUACUCCUUAACAAGUACAAGUCCUGUGUUCAGAGAGAGUUUGAUUAUUUUGUUUGUAAAGACACAAAAGAUAAGUAAAUGAAGAUCUUUUUCUUCUGAUUACAAUUUCUUUCCCCAAAAAACAGAGUGCACCUUUAAUUUUCAAAACAUCUAGACAGUGAAUUUUAGUUGAGGCAACCAAGUAUAGUCUAAUGUUCUCAUACAUUGUCUGUACAAGUCAACAGCACGGUACACUUUAGCUCUUCCACCUCUAACAGAGGCUGGCAUCAGUCAUCAGUAUCAUAUCCCAUUACUUUAGCAUUGCCGCCUCCUAGCGGAUUUAUAGGCUAUAAAAUACCAGAUAUUACCUAUCACCUUUGAGCAAUGAAGGCUUAAUGCGGCCACAGUUUUCACCUUCUAUAAACAUUCCAAGUUUCCUUUCCAAGAAAGAAGCUCUGCUGUGCUGUAAUUUUAUCCGCCUGGAUUCAGCGGUUCCCAGUGGGAUUGCAUUUAGACAGGCUUCUGGGAGGAGAAAGUCCGCCUGCCAGUUAAUUGUGUAGUCUACAAGCUUCACCUUCAGCGUGACAAGUAACCGAAGUGGUGGCCACCACCAGACUGCUGCAGGAGACGGAUAUGGAAGAAAGUGUUCACUGUGCAGCUCCAGGGAGGCUGUUCAUGCACUCUGAUUAUUAACUCUAAUAAGCUUGUUGAUUCGUGGGGGGUUUGUUUUACACCUUGACCAAUCUAUAAAGUAGCUGCUGUGGUGUAACAGGGAUCUGGGGUUUGAGAGGCAGUAGAGGUGAGGACGAGGUGAAAGGGACAGCAGAUGGGUGGUGACGGAGCUCAGCACAGAUGGACAAUAGAAGGAGAGAGAAUUGGUUGGAGGGGAAGAGAAGAGAGAAGAAACAACCCAUUUUCCACCCCACCCGAGGAAGCCAGACGAGGAGGAGAGAAGACGAGGGGAAAGAGACGAAAGCUGAGAGAAAGUGAAGUGGGAGAGGAGAGGAUAAGUUGUCUAAUUGUGUCGCCUGCGGGCAAAGGUGGAUGAGUGGUUGCAGUUGAGGAGUCCCUGUCUGACACGGGAGGAGGAGCACCAGCCUGGGGGGGACCACCACUUCGGCCGACUUCCAGCAACAACUGAACAGGAUGAGGUACCAAGGCAGGGAGGUGGAUGUUGAAGGAAGAGUGCGCCUGGUGAUGGAGAGCGCCUUAACCGCCCGAGACAGGGUCGGGGUGCAGGACUUUGUCCUGCUGGAAAAUUACAACAGUGAGGCAGCCUUCAUAGAGAACCUCCGCAGACGCUUCAGAGAAAACCUCAUCUACACGUACAUUGGCUCAGUGUUGGUGUCGGUGAACCCUUACAAAGAGCUGGAGAUUUACUCCAAGCCGCAGAUGGAACGCUACAGAGGGGUCAGCUUCUAUGAGAUAUCACCUCACAUCUACGCCGUGUCAGACAACACAUACCGGGCUAUGCGGACAGAGAGGAAGGACCAGUGUAUUCUCAUAUCAGGUGAGAGUGGAGCAGGUAAAACAGAGGCCUCCAAGAAGAUCCUGCUCUACUACGCUGUCACCUGCCCCACUAAUGAUCACAUGGCUGCCCUUGGUGACCGUCUACUGCAGUCUAACCCUGUUCUGGAGGCAUUUGGCAAUGCCAAAACACUAAGGAAUGACAACUCCAGUCGCUUUGGAAAAUACAUGGAUGUCCAGUUUGAUUUUAGGGGAGCGCCAGUGGGUGGUCACAUCCUGAAUUACCUUCUCGAGAAAUCACGUGUCGUGCACCAGAACCACGGCGAGAGGAACUUCCACAUCUUCUAUCAGCUUCUGGAUGGAGGGGAAGACGACCUGCUCAUCACACUGGACCUUGAAAGAAACCCUCAGAAGUACCAAUACCUGGUCAAGGGAAACUGUCCCAGACUGAGCUCCGUCAGUGACAAGAAUAAUUGGAAGGUUGUGAUGAAGGCCUUGCCUGUUAUUGGCUUCACUGAAGAAGAAGUGCAGAAAUUGCUGAAUAUCAUCGCCAGUGUUCUCCAUCUGGGGAACACUCAGUUUGGAGAAGGGGAGGAAGGAGAAACUUAUAUCACCACUGAGACACAGAUACACCAUCUGUCAAAGCUGAUGGGUGUUGAUGGCUCGGCCCUCGGGGAGGCGCUCACUCACAAGAAGCUCACUGCCAAAGGAGAGGAGAUGAUCAGCCCGCUAAGUUUCGAGCAGGCUUUGUCUGCCCGCGAUGCUUUGGCUAAGGCUGUGUAUGGUCGGACUUUCACUUGGUUGGUGGAAAAGAUCAACCAGUCGCUGGCUCUGAAGGAUGAACUCUACCACAGCAGUAAAGGCUCCUCAGUUAUAGGGCUUCUAGAUAUCUAUGGAUUUGAAGUCCUACAACACAAUAGUUUUGAGCAGUUCUGCAUAAACUACUGCAACGAGAAGCUCCAGCAGCUUUUCAUUGAGCUCACCCUGAGAUCCGAGCAGGAGGAGUAUGAGACAGAGGGGAUUGCAUGGGAGACGGUGCAGUACUUUGACAACAAGAUCAUUUGUGACCUGAUAGAGGAGAAGCACAAAGGCAUCAUCUCCAUUCUGGACGAGGAGUGUCUGAGACCUGGAGAGACCUGUGAUGUUUCCUUUUUAGAGAAAUUGGAAGACGCACUCGGCGGCCAUCCCCAUUUUGUCACUCACAAGUUGGCAAAUGGAAAAACUCGCAGGGUGAUGAGCAGAGAGGAGUUCAGGCUGCUGCAUUAUGCUGGAGAGGUCAACUACAAUGUCAAUGGUUUCCUUGACAAGAACAAUGAUUCGCUGAACAGGAACUUGAAAGAGGUCAUGUGCCAGUCAGAUAACCAGAUCCUACGGCACUGCUUCCGCAGAGAGGAAGUGAUAGACCAGAAACGCCCAGAGAUGGCUGCCACUCAGUUCAAAAACAGCCUGAUGAAACUCAUGGAGAUCCUCAUGUCUAAAGAACCAUCCUACGUACGCUGUAUCAAACCUAAUGAUGCCAAGCAGCCAGGAAGGUUUGAUGAAGUUCUGGUCAGACACCAGGUGAAGUACCUAGGCCUGAUGGAAAACCUGAGGGUCAGGAGAGCUGGCUUUGCCUAUCGACGUCGCUUUGAAGCCUUUCUGCAGAGGUAUAAGCCCCUGUGUCCUGAGACGUGGCCCAAUUGGCAUGGCAGACUAUCAGACGGCGUCUCGACACUGGUCAGCCACCUCGGCUACAAACCAGAGGAGUACAAACUGGGAAGGUCAAAAAUCUUCAUCCGUUUCCCAAAAACACUGUUCACCACUGAGGACGCGUUAGAAGCAAAAAAGCCAGAGAUCGCUUUGACCCUGCAGACAUCAUGGCGAGGCUACAGGGAGAGAGCCAAGUACCAACGCAUCAGACACGCAGUGAUAGUGAUCCAGUCUGGGUGGCGAGGGAUGAAAGCACGCAGGAGGGCUAAGCGGCGUCGACAGGCUGCUGAGUUAAUACGCAGGUUCAUAAAAGGCUUCAUCUACCGUCAUGAGGAGUACUGCCCUGAGAAUGAGUAUUUCCUGGAUCAUGUACGCUACUCCUUCCUCAAGAAUCUACGCCAAAACCUGCCCAAGAGUGUUUUGGACAAAAGCUGGCCGACACCUCCUCCCUUAGUCGUUGAGGCUUCUGAGCACCUGCGGAGGAUGCACAUGAGAAACAUGACCGUGAAGUACUGCAGGAGGGUCCAGCCUGAAUGGAAGAAGCAGAUGAUGCAGAAAGUUGAAGCCAGCAAGAUCUUCAAGGAUCAGAAGGACAGCUACCCUCAGAGUGUGGGAAGGCUGUUUUUGGACUCCAGGCUGGAACGUGAGCAAAUCAAUCUCAAAGUGGUGCAGACUCUCGGGAAUGACAAAGUGCAGUAUGGUGUCUCGGUCAUAAAGUAUGACAGGAGGGGUUUCAAGCCUCGCCCACGCCAGCUGCUGCUCACAAACACCUUUGCUGUGCUUGUGGACAGGACAAAGAUCAAACAGAAGCUCGACUACUCAGCUCUGAGAGGUAUCUCUGUGAGCUCCCUCAGUGAUGGGAUGUUUGUUGUGCACAUGCCCAGUGAGGACAAUAAGCAAAAGGGUGACGUGGUGCUGCACUGCAGCCAUGUGAUUGAGCUGGUGACAAAACUAGCCAUGAUGGCCAACAAGGUUAACUACGUCAACGUCUGCCCGGGCAGUAUUAGGUUUGCUGUGGCUCGAGGAAAGGAGGGAAUCAUUGAUUUCGUGAGGGGUUCAGAGCUGAAGGUGACCAAAGGCAAGCGAGGACAUCUGCUAGUGACUGCUCCUCGGAUCAACACCACAUGAAGAAAACAGCAACCAGACAGUACUCUUUUCAGCUGACUGGAGGAUUGCCACUCAGAAGUCAUUAUUUGUUAGUUGGUAGCUGGCAGGAUGACACCACACGCAGGCACAAACAUGCUCAACAGAAGAAGGCUUUCUUAUUAAUUCAUAUCCAUCAUCAUUAUUACCAGAAUGUCUUAAAUGUCGGCAAUAAUUCCUGCUCAGAUUUUUUUUAGAAAAUCACAAUGAAGUUGUCACUGUUCCAAAUGCUUCAUCUGUUUAUUGUCAGUCACACAAAUCAUACAUAUUUAAAUAUAUCAAAUAUAAAAUGUCUUUGAAUGUAAAACACGUUAUCUCUAUAUUGUCAGAAAAAUAAACAAACCACUUUGAAAUAAA